CGAAAAACUCGACGACUUUUUAAAAGUUACUUAACCACCAGCCCUUUACCACUAACUAACUCUACCCCGAACAAUAAUGUCAUUCUUCGGAUUUGAUCCUGCAGCUCCGCCCAGCACAAGGGCCCAGCAAGAAGCCUAUGACUUUGAAGAAACUUACGACGGUUUAGGAGAAGGCCUUGACGAGGCAGACGAUGCGUUUAAUACGGAGACGUUUGGAAGUACAGGCGCAAUUGGGAAAGAUUUCAAUUUUGAAGCUAGUAGAGGUAGUGGAAGUGGUAGUGGUCCCAGUGUCAGAGGUUCUGGUGUUGGUACUACUGCUACUGUUCCACCACAAACUAUUAGUUAUGCUCAGGCUGCUGCAGUAGCUCCAGCUCCUGCUAAUGAUGAUGAAUUCAUGCAAGACUUGUGGGGAGAUAAUGUUCCCUCCAAGAAGGCAGAAGGUGAAAAGAAGAUCUUAUCAUUAGAGGAGAUUGAAGCUCAACUUACAGCCACCACUAUUGAUCCUCUGGUUCAACAUCAUCAACUUGGAGUAAAUGCUCAAUAUCCUCCUCAACCUUAUGGAAUUCCAGGUAUGUUACCUCCACCUCCACCUCAAUAUGGUGGUUAUAUGUUACCACCUGGUGGAUAUAUUCCUCAACAAUAUGGACAAUUCCCAGGAGCUCCAUAUCAACAAUUCCCACCUCAGGGUUUACCUCCUCAAUUCCAACAACCCUUACCUCAGGGUCCAGUUCAAUUACCUCCUCAAGUUCAGCAACCAACUCAACCAGAAGUUACUCAAGCUCAACCUCAACCUCAACCAGAAGUUCAACCUCAACAAGUUUCUCAACCUGUUCAACCUGUUCAACCUGUUCAAGCUCAAAUUCAACCAACUGAAGUUAAGGUACCUGUUGCUAGACAUGAGGCAGCUCCAAGAAGUGCCGAUUUAUCUCAAUUCCCUGUUUUGGGAUCUAAGGAAGCAGUUCAAGCCAGUCACCAACAUCAAGCUCAAGUUCAAGCCCAAGCCCAAGGUCAGUAUGAUAACCACCACCGUGGAUAUGACAGAAAUCAACAAAGAGGUUAUCAUCAACAUCAACAUCAACAUCAAUAUCAACACCAUCAACAACAACAAGCUGAUUUAACCCCUGAAGAACAAGAAAAACUCGCCAGAAGACAAGAAAAAGUGGCUAGAAUUAUGAAAUAUUCAGGAAUUAUGAAUCCUAAGGAUAAAGAUUUUGUAACUAGAUUUCAAUUAUCACAAAUUGUUACUGAAGAUCCUUAUAAUGAAGAUUUUUAUGCUCAAGUAUAUAAAGUUAUUCAUCCCAAAGUUAACAAUGCAGGAAUUAGUGCUAGUCAUCAAAAUAAUUCCAUUGCUCAAGCUUAUUUAGAUCAAAGUGGUCAUAGAUUAGGUGGCCGUUAUAAGAGAGCUGAUGUUGCCUUACAAAGAAUGCAACAACAAGUUCAAAGAGCAGUUACUGUAGCCAAGGAAAGACCUAAAUUAACUCAAUAUGCAAGAGAAGGAGCCUUGGGAAAGAUUUCAUUUGGAUCAGGAAAGAAACCAAGACAACAAUUAGAAAUCAUUAGUAAAGCUCAGCAAAGAAAACUUGAAGCUGAACAAAAUGGACAAACAAGUGAAGGAACCAAUAAAAAGAAAUAUUCCAAUAGAGAUAUUUUAAGUAUUUUAGAAAAUAUCAUUACUGAACUUAUGAAUAUUGAAAGUGAAUCAAGAACUAAUUCUGAUGUUGAUACAAGUAAUUUAUGGGAAUCAUUAAAAGUAUUAGAACAAUCAUCAUUUUCAGGAGAUGAUGAAAAUGAAGUUAAUCCAUUUAUUCAAUGUUUAAAUUUCCAAAAGGCUUUAAAGAUAUUACCUCGAUUAUUUAAAUUUUUAACAACGACUCAAAUUUUAACUAUUGUAACAUUAAUUAUUUCAAAUUUAGAAAAUUUAGCCGUUAUAAAAAAUGGUUCUUAUACAACUUAUGAAACUAAAAGAGUUCCUGAAUCAAUUAUUAAAUUAGUUGAAGCUUAUUCUUUAACAUUUUCAAAAGUAUUAAUGAAUGCAGUAUUGGAUUUUAAAUUUACUGAUAUUACAGGAUUAUUAUUUAUAUUAAUAGAACAUAAUAAUGUUUCAUUUGUUUCAACCACAAAAAUUGGUUUAUCAAUUUUAACAACAUUAUUAUCUCGAGCUGAAUUAAUUAUUGGUGAAGGUUCUAUAUCAGCUACUGAUCUUUCAGAAUGGUCUUCAUGUUAUGAUCAAUUAUUUCAAAGUUUGGAAUCAAGAAUCGCCGCCAUUUUCCCUCCUCAUCCUGAAGAUGUUGAUGAUGGUUCUUCAAGAGAAAAUUAUGUUUGGCAAUUCUUGGCUACUUUAUCUUUAGGAGGUAAAUUAAGUCAUCAAAGAAUUAUUGUCGAUGAAGUUCGUGAUGAAAUCUUUGGAGUUAUUAAUCGUGCUAAGGCUAUUGAUAAUACUGAUCUUGUGAAUUUACCUAAGAAACAAAACUUGUUAAAUAAUUUAAAUAUGUACUUGGUGGUUAUGGGAUUAGUAGCAGAUGAGAAUGAAAUUAAAGAAUUACAAACUUGAUUUAAUUUCUCAGUAUAUAGUUACAUAUUAAUCAUAUAUUAACAUACAAAUAUCCUUUGAAUCCAUAAAU